AUGAGCGAUAUAUUUCCAGAAGUCAAAAGAAUUAUUAAAUCUGUGAUAAGCCAACGCAUGUCAAGAAGCGUUUCAACAAAAUUUGCAAUUGUUGGGUAUACUGAUCAUGGAGAAAGUGGUGGGCUUGAUCCUAUGAAUCCAGUAACUAUAUAUCCACCUUCCGGAAAACUGAAUAAUUUCGAUCAAGAAGAUUCAGUUCAGUUUUUAAAUAGACUUAUAGCUAGUGGAGGAGGCCCAGAAUUAGGGGAAGCAAUGAUUGAUGGGAUUUAUAAUGCGUACCGUCUCCAGUGAAGACCUGAAGCAUCUAAAAUUUACUUUAUAAUAGGAGAUGAUUGUCCCCAAGGCAGAGACUUUCAUAUAAAUACAAAAUAUCCUGAAGGCUGUCCUUGUGGACAUAAUUGAAGGUCUUUAUUGAAAGGCAUUAAAUCUCAAGGAGCAAUAGUAAAACUAGUGAAACUCAGCGAGAUUUUAAACAAAACAGGAGCUCUUUUUAAAGAAGAGUAUGGAGAAAAUAUGGAAAUGAUAUCUUUAGAUAAAAUGACUGAUUUGGCAGAAGCUGUUAUACCUUCUAUUGUGCGCAUCAUUGAGCAUAAUUUGGAAUUUGCGAAAAGCUAA